CUCAUUUGAGCAAGCAACGUUAAAAGUAGAGGAAAUUUUGAUAGAUUAGAGCAUCAGCAUAUAUCAGCGACGAUCAGAUAGGCUUUCUCUGCUGCUGCACUAAUUAAGAUCUGUAGAAGAUUAAUUAUAUGAUGAACAGCUUCCCAACAGAUCACUACUACUCAUCAUGGCAAAUCCUCGGCCCGAUUUCGCAUUAACUGGAGGAACCACUAUAGUUUUGCUGUUUCUUGCCUCAAUCUUCAAUGUUCAAGGAGUCCAAGGAUCUAUAGGAGUGAACUAUGGCACAAUGGCGAACGACCUCCCUCCACCGUCCCAAGUUGCACACUUCCUUCUACAAUCCACCAUCAUCAACCGUGUUAGGCUCUUUGACACCAACCCUCAAAUACUCCAAGCCUUUGCUCAUUCCGGCAUUCCACUAACAAUCACUAUCCCCAAUGACCAAAUCCCCCACUUCACCAAACUAAGGUUUGCCCAAAAUUGGCUCAAAACCAAUGUCAUACCUUACACCCCGGCCACCAACAUAGUCCGCAUCUUAAUAGGAAAUGAAGUACUCUCAACCGCCAACAAGUUGUUCAUUGGGAACCUAGUCCCUGCUAUGCUAACCCUUCACAUGGCACUUGUAGAUGCCUCUUUGGACCGCCAAAUCAAAAUCUCUACUCCACACUCUCUAGGCAUUCUCUCAAGCUCAAGCCCGCCAUCCACAGGUAAGUUUAGGCAAGGCUAUGACACCCAUGUCCUUAAACCACUACUCACUUUCUUGAGAAUCACCAAGUCUGCUUUCAUGGUAAACCCCUAUCCCUAUUUCGGAUACUCGGCGGACACGCUCAACUAUGCACUUUUCCGACCAAAUUCCGGUGUGGUUGAUCCCAAUACUAAACUCCUAUACACCAACAUGUUGGAUGCACAAUUAGAUGCUAUAUAUUCAGCUUUAAAGAUUGUGGGCUUUUCAGAUCUCGAAAUUGUUAUAGCUGAAACGGGCUGGCCUUCGAAGGGUGAUGCAGGCCAAGUUGGUGUUGACCUAGACAGUGCAGCGGACUACAACCAAAAUCUCAUUCGUCACGUGACAUCCGGUAAUGGCACCCCAUUGAUGCCAAACCGGACUUUUGAGACUUACAUCUUUGCCCUGUUCAAUGAAAAUCUCAAACCCGGCCCAACAUGCGAGAGAAAUUUUGGGCUUUUCCAACCCGACAUGACGCCGGCCUACAAUGUCGGAAUCCUACGGCACACGGCUAGUUCGUCCGUACCCGGGAACGGGAGCUCAAGCCCACCGAAAAACCCAAAUCCGUUGCCGCCACAUGGAGGGAAGCAAUAUUGUUUGCCCAAAACUGGGGCUGACACGGAGGCCUUGCAGAAGAAUAUUGAUUAUGUUUGUGGGCUGGGAUUGGACUGUGGCCCGAUUAAACAAGGUGGGCCGUGCUUUAUGCCUAACACAGUUAGAGCCCAUGCAGCUUUUGCCAUGAACAUAUACUAUCAAGCAAUGGGAAGGAACGGCUAUAAUUGCAAUUUUGAGCAAACAGGAGCCAUCACUACCGUCGAUCCAAGCUAUGGAAAAUGCAAGUAUUGAUGAUGGAGAGGAUUGCAAUGCAGAAGAUACCCCAUCUUUGUAGCUCUUUCUCUUUUUGCUUUUUGCUAUAUAAUGUAUUCAUAAUGCGAGAUUGUAAUAGUUAGACAUAAAAAAUUUAAUUUAGAAUGUUAACGCUUAAAGAAAGGUUUGUUUACUAUAACUAUUUGUAUGUGAAUAUCAUUUUUGUUGUAUUCGGAUAAAUUUGAACUCGAAUUUUCAUCAUAUAUAAUGAUAACACAUGCAAGUAAUCAAU